AUGGACCGCCAGCAGCUCUGGAACCGGUGCAAGUCGCGAGUGGCUAGUGUCCGCCAGGUCCUAACCCGGGACUUUGACUAUUCACACUCGGAUUUCUUCUUCGGCCUGGACGUCAUGAUGGCCGUCGGUGGUGUCCGCUGGAACACCAAAAAGUCCAAUGCCAAACGCUGCUGGAACGUGUACCACUGGAUGAUCUGCGUGCCGCAGGCUUUGAUUCUCUGGAACGCCCAUCGGAACGUCCAGGACUGGGCCAGUUUGGAAAUUAUCCUUAGCAGUCUGCAGGGCGCGCUGGCGAUGCUCGUCACGGUGCUGCGAAUGCGGAUCCUACUCUGGUUCUACGAACCGUUGAUGGAGGUUAAACGUUACGUGAAUCGACGCAAGUUUGGGCGGGAUCUGGCGCAGUCGGUUGGAAUUCGCAGUGAAGCGUUCUACAACGUUCGAAAAAUAGUGAUGUACGGAUUUGGGUCCAUGUUCAUUUUUGGUUUCAGCAUCCCCGCGUUGAAUUUUUCCAACAAUCACAUUUUCAAACUACCGUUCGACAUCAGCCGCGAUUUUCCAAACGGGCAGUACUUUUGCGAAAAGGCGGUCAAUAUUUGGAUUGUUGGUACCGCCUUCUUGGCAGCUCUGGAUUUCUUGAUCAUAUACAUGGUGCUCGCUGGGCUCACCGCCGAAGGGAAAGUUAUUGCACUGAGUUUUUCCGAAAUUUUCGGCAACACUGACCGACGAGUUCAGCAAAAACUUGAGUCAGCACCGGGCAAUUCGCGCCAACAAGCCAAAUGGGAACGGUUCUACUUUUGGAAAUACCUCCAAGAAGAGUUCAACAGCUGCAUCGAGCUGCACAUCGAAUUCCUAGCGAUCAAAAACAAAAUCAAACCCACCCUAAACGGCAGCUUCUUGAUCACGUACUACUCAACGGUGGUGACCCUGGCCUGCGGCUGCAUCUAUCUGUCACAGAUGCAAAGCGUCACGCUGUUUUCGCUGCUCACCUUGUUCUACUGCUCUUGGGUGGUGAUCGAGUGUGCCUUGCUGACCCGGCUGGUGAACCUGGCAACCGAAGCGAACGCGUCCAUCGGCUGGCAGGUGUACGACCUGGAGUGGCCGGCGAAGCUGCAGCACGAGGAGCGGUUCCGCGAGGUUUAUCGGUCCGUCCAAAAGGCAGUGAUGACAGUGCUGGCAGUUUCGCGGCAGCCGUUACGGUUCAACUGUUUUGGAUUUUUCGAGUUCACCCAGGACCAGUUUUGGAUUCUGCUCAACAUGACGUACAACUUGUACACGUUUUUCCGAAAUUUCGUCUAAAGUGGUAAACGGAUUCAACGAAUCUACUGAAAAAGUAUAGCUUGAUUGUUACAGCAAAAGUUAAAUUGUGCAAUUUGUUUGUGGGAUAGUAGUUUGUAGUCACACAAUUCCCACCCAAAUCCCCACAGGACUGGAUGGGCGUAGCCUUGGAGCACAGUGCGGAAAUUUACGUUCUCGAAUAUUUUUAAUUGUAACAAUCAAAUUGUCAGACCCGUAAUGCUUUGCUAGAAGGUUAAAGUCAACAAUACUAAAAAAUAUUGUGUGAAUAACUAAUCUCUAAUAGCAUCGGGUAUGAUACCAGAUUUUUACAAAGCAUUACCAUUCAAUCAAUCCACAAAAACCACAGUUAAUGAAAAUGUUUUAAACUUGGCCGAUUGUUGUCGAAAGGUUCGUUAAUAAAAGCACUGAUGUUUAUCGCAUGAAAAAAAAAA